AUGCUGCACGACGCGUGGUCCGUCCCCUGGCACCGCGCCGAGACCAUCGAGCUGGACGCGCUCAUCGACGAAGUGAACAACAACAAUUGCCUGAAAGAGGGCGCGGCGGGCGGCCCGGCGGAGAGCCCGCCCCCGGCCGCCAGCUACCAGGAGCUGCGGCCGGCACACGCGCGCGACAUGCAGGUCUACGCGCUGGACGAGCCGCUGUUCAAGGGCCGCAGCCCCGAGCGCAGCCCGCGCCUGCACUACGACCAGUACGCGCCGUCCGCCUACGCGCACGAGCACCACCACACUGACGGGUCCGGCGCGGUGUACUCGCGCUGCGCGUACUCCGCCGGCUCGCCGUACUUCGGCAAUGGCGCGGACCUCUCCCAGCCACAGAUGUGGACCUCCAGUGCGGGCGGUUCGCCGAGCUAUAGCGGCAGUGUGCUGGAGGAGUACGAAGCGGCGGAGGGUGAGGGAGCGAACGCCGCGGGCGGUGGUGGGGGCGGAGGAUGCGCAGGGGGCGCCCUGCCCGCCUUCAGCGCGCGCUUCGGAGGAGCCUUCGCUGCCCGUCCGCCCGCCUACGCGACCGCGCCGCUGCCUGCAAACUACACGCACCAGGAGGUGUGGACACUGGAGGGGCGUCGCCCGCAGCUCUCCGCUGCCGCCAGCCUCAGUGCCAUCGAGAUGGCGGAGUUUUUCACGGAGGGCCGCGAGUGCGUGAACUGCGGCGCGAUCCACACGCCGCUGUGGCGGCGCGACGGCACCGGCCACUACCUGUGCAACGCGUGCGGCCUCUACAACAAGAUGAACGGCAUGAACCGGCCGCUCAAGCAGCCGCGGCGGCUGGUACGUCAGCGGCACGCGCUCGUGCCGCCGCCCGCGCCCGACGUACGCAGCCCACGUCUGACUAACCCCGCGCCCCCACCGCACGCCCCCCGCCCCGCCCCGCCCGCGAGACAUCCGCGCCCGACGUCCCGAGCGAUAGUGACACUUGUGUUGGUUGCAGUGGCCGCGGAGGGGGCCCCGCCGGGCGCGGAUUUCUACAAGGGCAUCCUCCUCCAGGGCUAUAGCGGCGUGGCGCCGCUCGCGCUGCCGCCCGCGCCCGCCGCGCCGCGCGCCGCCUCCACCCCCCUGACUACAAACAGAAGAAAGGGGUAUGUGGCCCCGCCCCCACCUCCCUCCCCGACCGAUCCCUCUCCGCGCUCGCUAACCCUCAUCGCUUCUCCCGUGUUAACAACCGUACCAAUAAUAAUUAUCACUGUUGCAUGCAACCGGUUUUAUCUGAACCUCAUUGUGUCUAACCGCAUGAACAUUGAAGGACUCAGGAGUAAAACAUAA